ACCUGGAAAGUUUCCCCCAAUGUCUCUCUCCAAAGUCUAACAAACUCCAUCUGAACAGGAGAGAGAUUUCGGAAACGCUAACUUCACUGUGUUUUGUGCCUGAAAAAUGAUAGAAAACCAAGCCAAGUUUGUUUUCAGAGACAUCCCGGGACUCGAAUUGUCUGUCAAUGCUCAGAAUUUCAGAACGGAACAAUGGAGGGAUUGGCUCAGUGUGUCCUGCGGGUGCCGUGGGGAUAGUUUUGCUUGCAUUUCAUUGGCGGAGAAACGGGAGCAAAAAGAGUUCUCACCGACGCCAGCUCAGCUUCUCAAGCAUCCAUUAGCCAUGCUCGCUUUAGCGCCAAAGGAUCUCGCGCUUUUUGCUGCAGGUGCCAUCGCAGGGGCCGCUGCUAAAACUGUCACCGCCCCUCUUGAUCGGAUUAAGCUCAUCAUGCAGACACAUGGAAUAGGAGUUGGGCAUGAAAGUGCAAAGAAAGCAGUUGGGUUUAUUGAGGCUUUUACCUCAAUUGCAAGGGAAGAAGGAAUCAAAGGCUACUGGAAGGGAAACCUUCCACAGGUGAUCCGGAUAAUACCCUACAGUGCAGUUCAAUUGUUUGCUUAUGAAACAUACAAGAAAAUAUUUAGAGGAAAGAAUGGGGAGCUCUCUGUGAUUGGAAGAUUUGCAGCAGGCGCUUGUGCAGGCAUGACUUCAACUUUUGUUACCUAUCCAUUAGACGUUUUGAGGUUGAGAUUGGCAGUUGAACCUGGGUAUAAAACUAUGACAGAGGUUGCUCUCAACAUGCUAAAAGAGGAAGGAAUUGGGUCAUUUUAUAAUGGCCUAGGACCUUCUCUUAUUGGAAUCGCACCAUAUAUUGCUGUGAACUUUUGCUUUUUUGACCUGGUAAAAAAAUCUCUACCAGAGAAAUAUCAGAAGAGCACUCAAGUGUCACUAGUUACAUCAUUGAUUUCAGCUGCUGUGGCCACAGUCAUGUGCUAUCCAUUGGACACAAUAAGAAGGCAAAUGCAAAUGAGGUGUACCCCUUACAAGACUGUUUUAGAUGCUUUCGUAGGUAUAGUGGCUCAUGAUGGUCCAAUUGGAUUGUACAGAGGCUUUGUGCCCAAUGCUCUUAAAACUCUGCCGAGUAGCAGCAUCAGGCUUACAACAUUCGACACCGUUAAGCAACUGAUUGCAGCAAGUGAAAAGGAACUUCAGAAAAUUGUGGAUGAAAAUCGUAAGAAAGAAUAGCCACGUCACUUGUAAGGUUUAAUCUCCUGUACAAUGUUGAAGCCAUCAUAUUUUUCCGUAUCACCCCUUCACACUGCUUAUUUUCAGGAAUACAUGCAUCUUAGCAUAUAAAAUUUUUUAGGCGAGUUGACCAAAGUGUGUUAUGACUCAAUUGAGUAAACCCGACCCAAUCACAAAAUUGUACAAUGUAUUAGAGCUUUGUAGAUCUAGAUCGCCAAAUCUUAUCAUUUCGUCCCCUACACUUUAAAAAAUAAUAAUGCUCAUUUGCAACACUUCAAGUAAAUAAAAUUCAUUCGCACGUGAGAGGUGUAUUAG